AUGGAAAAUUUGGUCGAUGUUCGAGAUGGCACAAAAUAUUUUGUACAAGUUGUUCAUAGUGCUCCUUUACUACUUUCAAUGAUUUUGGUUUUUGGAACAGAACAACGCCUUUUAUGUAUGGCACAUUUAAUUGGGGCAGAUUCAUUACCAUCAAAACAACAAUUGGAUGAAAAUUUGCAAUUUCUCCCAAACAUUUCUCACCCGGCAGCAGAUGAAAGGGCAUUUAUUGUCCUUAAUCGUGAUGGGGAUUUUGCUAUUUUAAAAGGGCGUUGGCAAGGAUUUGGUAUAAGCGGCUCUCCAGGCGCAUUAAAUGUAGAACUUUUCAAUUUGCUGAGGAAUACUGUUCAAAAUUUCCAACUCCCUGGAGCGAAUGGAUCAACGGUCUUCAGCAUUGGAGAUGCCCAAGCCCAAUUAAAUGGUCGUAGAAUGCAUUGUCGUUCAACUCAGACAGCUGAACAUUUGGCUUGUAUUUUUGGAAUUGGAACACUUUUUAUUCUUUGCAAUCCGGAUAAGGUACGCAGUGUAAAAGAUACCAACAAAAUUGGCCAUCAAUGUCAACGUUGGCCUAUGACUGUUGCAUGCGGCUAUGGUGAGGAAAAUUUUUUAAAAUUUUUAAAGAUAUUUUCAGGCCGUUCAUUACCCACAAAUCGUUUAAUAAGUGCAGCACAAAGACAUCACCACGAUUUUGGCGGAACAGAAUUUUUGCCACUUUUGUUGAUGAAUAUGUGCAGUGGUGCUGAAGGGGGUGGUGGUGGUUGUGAUGGAGGGGGAGAUGGGGCUGGUGGUUCUGCAUGUGGUGCAUGCGGUGCUUGUGGAGCCUGCGGUGCUUGCGGCGGUUGUGGUGGUUGUGGAGGAUGCGGUGGAUGUGGUGGUUGCGGUUAG